AUGCCUCGAUACGACUACGACGACGGCAGCGCCGAGCGCGAGCCUCUCGAUAAUUCCUACCGGCCUCAUCCGCGCUCUCCUUACCCCCCGGAACAGUACCACGACCAGCAGCAACAGUACUAUAACGGCCCACCCCCGAACUACCAGUCGCAACAGGACUUGAGGGCACAACAGUACCCAGCCGGCCACCCAGACUCCAACUUUGGUCGAAUGAGAGAGGGGCGCAGAAACGAUCGCCAAGGUGUCCCCCAGGCCGCCGUAGGAGCUGUAGGAGGUGCAGCUGCUGGUGCCCACAUGGCUUCACCACAGGUUCCAAACCACCGCGACUGGGCACCAGCACAACAGAGUAAUCUCAACCCAAAUGUCACUCCUGGCGCCGACAACUUCGGCGAGAACGCGUCAGGGGGUAUGUCGGGUAUUGCUUACAGCGUCGCCGAGCGUAAUGCGAGAGAAAGCGGCGCGGAUGCUAUACGAAAUGUCGGGCAAGCACAGCCUCCACGAGGCCAGUACCCCAACGCUCCUCCGUCAGCUUAUAACCAACCACGCGGCGACGCCUACGAAAUGAGCAACGCUCCUCGCCCGUACGCCCACAGCGACCGCACAUCUCACUCCAGCCUGACUGCCCUUGGCGCUUCCGCAGCAUCACCCUCAAGACUAUCGCCGUCAUCAACACCCUACGGCUACGACUACUACAACGACCACCCUUACUAUCAGAGGAACGCAGACCACCUCGGUGUUGUUGACCCCAACUCAAUAGCAGACGACGGUGACGACGGCUUGGAAUACGGCCGUAGUCGCAGCGGACGCAACUCAAUGCUCAGCCUUUCGAACAACAGCGAACGCACAGGCAACAGCCGGGCGGGAGCGGCAGCAGCGGCAGGCGCUGGUGCAGGUGCUGCAACCGCUCUCAUGGCUGGUGCCGGCAGGACAGGAAAUGCCAACGGGUACUAUGACCCAGUCAAGGGCUCUCCGAUGGGCAGUAACAAUAACCUUGGCGGCGAGAAGCCGCAAUCGGAGUGGGUCAAGUCAAACAACAGUCACAGGAAGAGGUGGAAGUGGUGCAUCAUCAUCGUGGUCAUUCUUGUCAUUGCUGGUGCCAUCGCCGGUGGCACGGCUGGUUGGCUACUGUCCAGGAACAAUCGGAACAGCGACAGCAGCAGUAACGGGCAGUCGGCAUCCGACGACACCAACUCCAACGGUGACCUGAGCAUCAGCAGCAAAGAGAUCCAGGCUCUUAUGAACAACAAGAACUUGCACAAGGUCUUCCCCGGCAUGGACUACACCCCGAUUAACACCCAGUACCCGGAUUGCCUCCACAACCCCCCUUCGCAGAACAAUGUCACACGCGACGUCGCAGUCCUCAGCCAGUUGACCAACACGAUUCGCCUGUACGGAACCGAUUGCAACCAGACCCAGAUGCUCAUCCACUCGAUCAAGCAGUUGAAGAUGGAGGACACGAUCAAGAUCUGGAUGGGUGUAUGGCAAGAUGGAAACGACACGACCAACGCCCGCCAACUGUCGCAAAUGUGGGACAUUCUCGACGAGUAUGGCGACAAGCAUUUCGAGGGCGUCAUUGUCGCCAACGAGAUCCUGUUCAGAAAGGAAAUGACGGAAUCGGCCUUGGGAACUCUGCUUAGCGAAGUGCGGACCAACCUCACCGCCAAGAGCUUGAGCCUGCCGGUUGCCACAUCUGACCUCGGCGACGAUUGGACAUCGUCAUUGGCAUCCAAGAGCGACUACAUUAUGGCCAACAUUCAUCCCUUCUUCGCCGGAGUGAAUGCCAAGGACGCCGCCAUGUGGACAUAUGCCUUCUGGGAGAACCAGGCUAGCGGAUUCUUCAAGUCGGACACGAAGAAGAACGUCAUCGCCGAGGUCGGCUGGCCUAGCAAGGGCGGCACGAACUGCGGCAAUGGCCAAGCUACAGGCUGCCCUGACGCGUCAGUCGCCGGCGUUGAUGAGAUGAACGAGUUGCUUGACAAGUGGGUGUGCCCUGCUUUGACUAACGGCACCAACUACUUCUGGUUCUCCGCCUUUGACGAGCCAUGGAAGAUCAAGUUCAACGAGAAGAACAAGGAGUGGGAAGACCAGUGGGGUCUCAUGGAUGUCGACCGCAACCUCAAGCCGGGUGUCAUCAUCCCCGACUGCGGCGGCAAGACCGUUUAA